AUGGAGCUCAAAGGUGUUCUGAGUGCAGAUCAGGUAUGCACCUCAUACUCUUUCCUGCUUUUAUUAAUGAACUGACAAUGAAAACAGAUAACAUUAUCCUAUGAAACAGGUAUGUUUCUGAUAACAUGUUAAACUUUUGUUUUUCAGAUCGAUGUUCUCACAGUCGAGUACUUAGUGUUACUUACUCCCAGGUAACAUGCUUCUCAAUGCUUGUUAUAUGUUUGUACUCAAUUCCAUUAAGUUGGCUUAUCUAAUUGCUGAUAGAUGUAGCAUAUGCAUCCAAGUUUAUGAGGCAAAAUUGAUAAUUGGAUUGGAUUAAAAAAAAUAAUCAUAGAGAUGUCAUAUAAACAUGUUUGUCAACUGGAAAAUCAUUGCUGCAACAGUUUUCUUUUAUCAAAUUUCCUCCAGUAUUUGGUUGUGUAGUUUCUCCUUGGAAAAAAAAAAUACUUCUGUUGCUGUUUUUUUUUUUUUUUUUGUGUUAAUGCAGUAUUUGUCUGUGCCCAGUAAAAAAGUGUAACCAGACACCCUAUUUUUUAGUAUUGCUUGGGGUGACGUUCUCUCCGUCUUUCAUCCUUUGCUCCUUUGCUCAGAGAAAGCAAAAGUAGGAGUGCAAAGCGUUAAAUGUGAAAAUGCAGGCUAAAAAUUCAAAUCCUUUUUCCCUCCAGGUAGUUUUAUUGAACUAGAGGCAAGGUGUGUGUGUGUCAUUUUACAGCUUUUUACGCAGGCAUCACAUGUGUAUGAGAUAAGCUGUCCCUCAGACACACAAGUCUUUCUCACCCGUAGACGAUUUGACCCCUGCAGUAAAGUUUGGUUCAGGUUUAGUGCCAACUUAUCAUCUGUGUGCAGAUGCAUCACAACCUUACACAGGUUCUGCAAUGAUAUCAAAUGCUUAUCAUAUUUCUGAUUUUCUGCAGUGUGAUUGGGAGCUUCUCUGUUCUUGUGGUUUCGUUAGUGAGAUGGAGGCAGUUGAAAGAGCAGGUGAGUGAGAAUCAGGGUACUGUAUUUGUAAAUACCUGUCUACGUCUUUACUGACAUGUAGAAAAGCAUUUCAUCAGGGUUAUAUUUUUGUCUAGGUACAUCUCCUGGUGCAGCUUGCCCUGGCAGACCUGCUGGCUGCUCUCAUCCUGAUGUCCACAAGUGUCUUGAACAAAGUCAGCACUAAAAUGGGCGUAACCAUCUGCCAAUACUUCCUGCCCUUGUCUCUGGUGAGUGACACAAUGAUUUACAAAAAUAUAGCUUGUGGUGGAGGAAGUCACAUUUAACUCUGAGACCUGAAAAAAAGAGAGAAACUAAACAAUGUCCACUUGGAAUUUAGUAAUUUCCAGUUGGUGUGUCUGUAGUUUCCAGCGUUGAGGAUCAGAUUGCUAUCGCAGGAGUUAAUUACAUAAUUCAAGAUGUUGUCCUUGACUGUAACAAGGCAUCCAAGCUGUCAUUGCAUAAAGAGUGAUGACGGACAGCUUUGCUGUGUCAUGUCUUCACUCGUGAAAAUAUUCCUACAUUUUUUUUUUGUCAGGAAGAGAGUUGAGGCGGCAUGUUUCCUGCUCUUUUCAUUCUUUACAGAAAACAAACAAAGCAAGGAAUGUCACUCAGUUCAGACUGGAUUUGUAUCAAAAUGUAGAUAUGGAAAGUAUUUCACUCAAAAGGUUCAGUAUGAAAAGAAAGCAGUUUGAUCCGUUUGUAACAUCUGAAUCUGCUGGCAUGACUGGAUUUGUGUAAAUAAAAAUAAAGUGACCAUGACCUAAAACUAAACAGUUACUUAUAAAUUGGAUGCCGAGUUAAUGAUCUGAAUAAUCCCAUAGACUUGAACAAAUUAAUAGAUGAAUGAACGUUCAUAAGCCAAUGAAGACAAAAACAUGAAACAAAUAACAAACUCCAUAAAAUCUACAACUAGAGAUUAAUAAUAAAGUCACCUCAGGUUGGACUUCAGACCACUUCAUCUGUUUGCAUUAACGUGUCUUUGCAGUACACCAUCAGGGGGUGAAAGUUAGUUUUAUUUCAUAAAAGCUUCAUUUUUGAUGUUUGCAAAAAACAAGUUUUAAAAAACAACAACAAAAAGGUUAAUGUACGAGAAAUAUUUCUUUCUAGAUACAGUUGUCUUUGGUUCAAAACAAUGUUAAGUUUUAUUGUAAUUCAAACUGAAAAAGUUUUAAAAUAAAUCAUGACUGGUGUUUUUUACAAGCAGACCUUUACCUACAAGAGUGGGACAAUAAAGAGACACUGUACGUGGAAUGUCCUCAUAAAGAUAAAAUGCCAUCAUCUGAGCCUGGUUGGAGUUAUGCUUUGAAAACUGCAAUGACCCUCGGGUCAAAAUCAAAAGUUUUGUAACAGACAAAAGAAAAUAUAUUUAAAUAACACAACAACAUUUCACAAAGCCAGAAAACCAGUUUUUCUGUUCAUGUAUGAGGACAGGAGUGGGGACUUCUUUCAGUUCACAGAGUUAAUGUAUUCAUUUACAUUAAAUUAGGAGAGCAGUAGCCGGUCAAAUCCAAGCGAUACUUAUUUGAGCGUCUCGCCACAUUCUUUCACUUCUGCUUCUGCUUUACCCCAAGUAAAUUUACCUUCCUGUGUGUGCUUGUCCAACCUUUUUCAGACAUUUUAUUUCAUUUCAUUUCUGCUGGUGGUGGUCUACGCUUGGAAGUCAAAAAGCAAUAUCCAAGGUUGGAGAGAGAGACCCGCAGAAGAUGAGGGUGUACAGGUGAAGCCUCCACUGUAUUUGUAGGUUUUUAUCUGUAUAAAAACACAAUCAAACACCAAUACAAUAAUGUCCCUCUCUGUCUGUCUGGUUCACAGAGUCAGUGUAGACAGAAAAUCGUGACUUUACCUGUUUAUGCCCUUGUGUGGUGAGUUUGCAUCUUUACACUCUGGCUUUAUUUACUGUAUCCCAGUAUAUUUCUCAUUACUACCUCUGUCUCUUAUUUCAGGAUGAUGCCCAUUGUGAUGUACUUCGUCUACGUGCUCACCCCGUUCAUGACCACUGCUUUAGUUACAACUGAUAAAACAAUGGGUGAAAACAUCAGAAAUGAUAGCCAAUACUGUACCAGGUGAGUCAUAAACUCUCAUGAGUCACUUAAUAUUUGCUUUUAUUAGCUUUACUAUUAACUUAGAUUAGCUGACCAAAGAAAAAGUACAAGUGAAACUCGUCUUUUGGUGAAUUGUUUAUUUUAAUUUUUUUCUCCAGUUGUAUCUUGUUCCUACAUGUCUGGAGAGAUUCCUGCUCAGAUGCUGUAAGUAUAAAACUAUAUUGCAGUAAAACAAACCAUUUAAAUCUUCAACUGAUGAGAAUUGUAGUUAAAUGAUAUUUUCUUUCUCUUAGGAGGAAAUCCAUGACACUUUUAUCAGAGCUUCUGUUUUCCUGAUUGUGAUAACAGCGCUGUCUACAUGCUCUGUAAGUCAUUUUGCAGUUUUCUUCAAUAUUUGAUUUUUGUCUUUGCUAAUCUGCUAGUAUGCAUCAAUAUUAUUUUUAAAUUAUAACUUGAUAGAUGUAAGCAGACCAUGAUCUUUUACUUUAUCUCUUUUAUCUUAGGUAAUUUACUAUAAACUCAGCAAGUGGUAUGAAACACAUAAGCAUGAGGGGCUUUUUCCUGUGGAGGGAGAUGGGCGUUCAAGAAGGAGAAUCAAAAACGUGUUUUCUACUGCAAGAAAUAUGGUCAUGGUCAUCUUUUUCUGCUGGACACCAGGUGCUCUUAUACGCAUGCAUACUUACACAAACAUAGUCUCUUUCAAAGAUUAUAACACUCCUUAACCAUGUAAACACACAUCAGACUGAUAUUUUAUGUCUUCUUCUGCUGUAGCUCUGAUCCUCAUUCUGUUGUCCAGCGUGAUGAUCUGGACAAACACUGAACAACGCAGCCUGUUUUUUCUUUACAUGAUUCAGGUAAAUUUCAAAAGAACAAUGCCCAACAGUGCAAAGAAGGGAUCUAAAGUCAAAGUUGAAGGUUAAAGCAUGGCUUUUAUGUCUUCCAGGCUGGCAGUGUGUCCCUGCAGGGCUUCCUCAACAGUAUGGUUUAUGCCUGGAGACGGCCGAACUUCACCGAGGCUGUCCUCGGAGAGAACACUCCCCUCAUGUGGCAGGACCACACAGCUUUUUUUGAUGAAUCGCUGAGAACCUCGUCUUGUUGA